AUGGCUCUGCGCCAGAUGAAGAGCCGCAACCUCUCAAGCCUUCCUGUCGGUAAAUCCACGAGUGUGAACAAUGUAAGCGAAGCAUUGAGGCUCUUGCGUAGUCAGCCGAACCACUAUGUUGUCGCGUCUAUAACAGGACGAACCUUUGUGCUGAGCCAGUCGGAUCUCGUCACCGUGCCGCACUUGAAAGGAGUGCAGGUUGGUGAUGUGCUUGAAUUAGACCUUGUGCAUGAGGUUGGCAGUCGCGACUACACGCUUCGCGCGCAGGACCCCGCCCAGGGACGUCGUAAUCCGAAGGGCGGCAAGUUUCCCCUGGUGCUGACGCGCAAUGGUGCGGAUGGCUCCUAUGCACUAUACAACAAGGCUGAGGGCGAAAUUCUGCCUUUCUCCCAGUCAUGGGCGGCCCAGUUGAUUCCCUCAGGCAUGGCACACGUUGGAAAGGGGCUUUCAAGCGAUGUUGUUAAGGUGCAGUGCGUGGUGGUGGAACAUACAAAAGGCCCUAUGGAGCGCAUUCUCAAAUUCAAGCGCCGCAAAGGCUACGACAAAGUGAUCACUCACAAGCAACCAUAUACCCGUGUUCGUGUCGAUACUAUCACCUUGGGUUAA